GAACACAAAAAUAAGAUCAAAGCUUUCUCAGAAAACAAAACCCAUAUAACAGAGCUUACAAUCUAAAAGCAGAGCAAUUAGGAAGGAAUAAAGAAGAGAAGAGUCGGAGUAAAUGGGCGUGGAUUACUACAAGAUCUUACAAGUAGAUAAGAACGCCAAAGAUGAAGAUCUUAAGAAAGCUUACAGAAAACUUGCCAUGAAGUGGCACCCAGAUAAGAAUCCCAAUAACAAGAGGGAAGCUGAAGCCAAAUUCAAAGAGAUCUCUGAAGCCUAUGAGGUUCUCAGUGAUGCCCAGAAGAGAGCAAUCUAUGACCAGUACGGUGAAGAGGGACUGAAAGGUCAAGUGCCUCCGCCGGGCUCCGGCGGUCCUGGUGGGGCUCAGUUCUUCCAUACGGGAGAUGGGCCCACCGUAUUUAGGUUUAAUCCAAGAAACGCUGAUGACAUUUUCGCUGAGUUCUUUGGGUUCUCGAGUCCGUUCGGAGGGAUGGGAGGUGGUGGUGGCGGCACGUGGGGUGGUUCCAGGUUCCGCAGUGGACUGUUUAGUGACGAUUUGUUUAGUUCGUAUGGUGAGGCAGGUGGUUCAAUGAAUCAGGGUCCUCGUAAAGCUGCUCCAAUAGAGAUACGUUUGCCUUGUAGCCUUGAGGAGCUCUAUAAGGGCACUACCAAGAAAAUGAAGAUUUCCAGAGAGAUCGCUGAUGUCAGUGGGAAAACAAUUCCAGUGGAAGAGAUUUUAACUAUUAACCUUAAGCCUGGAUGGAAGAAGGGAACAAAGAUCACAUUUCCAGAGAAAGGGAAUGAACAGCCUAAUGUUACACCCGCGGAUAUCGUCUUCAUCAUUGAUGAAAAGCCACAUAAUGUCUUCACUAGAGAUGGAAAUGAUCUGAUUGUCGCUGAGAAGAUACCUCUUGUUGAAGCUCUCACAGGUCACACUGUACAUCUCACUACACUUGAUGGCAGGAAGCUUACCAUUCCUAUCAAUAAUGUGAUCCAUCCGAAUUAUGAAGAGGUUGUCCCAGGGGAAGGAAUGCCUAUACCAAAAGAUCCAUCAAAGAAGGGAAACUUGAGAAUCAAGUUCGAUAUUAAGUUCCCUGCAAGGUUGACGGCCGAGCAAAAGGCUGGAAUCAAGAGACUGUUACCUUCAUAAAUCUUAUCCAUGGCAGAGCCAUUGGAUGAUGUUUGGAGAUAUCCAAGUAGUUGAUAGACUCAAUGUGAAUAUUUUUGGAGUUUUAUCUUUUGAUAUGAUGUUGUAGUUGGGUAAGGAUUUUGGUUGGAUCAAGUGUGUUAAAUUUUUAAUUUAGCAAGUCAAUAAGCUUGAUUUUGAUUU